CAAAAACAGGUAAACUAUGUAACUGUAAGCAUCACAAAACAAGUGCACCAGGAAAUGAUUACAAGAGAAGAGCUGCAUGUCCAUCUGUAUAACCACGUCUUAUCACUGUAGUUUCCUCAAAAUAUGAUUUAUCAAAUUCUAUUCUUGAAAUCUGCCCUCUGGUGGAGGAUCUGUGAUACGGAAAGUACCAGUUUCUGCUGCCUGCACCUUUUGUGAGUUUGAGCUUCAAAAAUAAAAAGGAAAUCUUUUUUCCUUUUUUUUAACAAGUCUUUUAUUGACUCAGGCAAUACUGCUUUAAGUUCAUCCCAAAAUUAUUUCUACCCCAGAUUUGAUGUGAUCUUUUAAUUUGACCAGCAUGUUUCUUCUGACUGGAAGUUACAGGUAAGUUUUGUAUUGGUCCAACCAGAGUCACGGUUUCUAUGGACUUUCCACUUUUUAAAUUGAAAUAAAAAUGGAUUUCUCUAUCACCCCAUUCUUGGUUAAUUAAAAAUAACUUUAAAUUCACCAGAUGCUUGAAUAAUGUCUGUCUUAACUAUGUAUCAUUGAAGAUUUCGUUGAAAGAUUGUGAAAAUGUGCCCAUCAGUUUCAGUUGUGAUACUCUUGGUACGUUGGCAGAAUUUAUGAGUCAUUGCAACAACAUGCUUCAACAAGAGUUUGGCAUCUUGGGGGGGAAGCAAAAAAACUUCCCCUAAAUGUGUUUCCCCUUAAAUGUUGAAUAACUGGACAGCUAAAAGCAUGGAUAUGAGAAGGAGGGAAUGCAUGUACAUAGAAAUAAGUCAUAACCUUUGAAUUACUGCAAAAAGAAAAAAAAACAUGAAGAUUUUUCUUGUUUAAUUUCAUUCAGCAUGUGUAAGCAAGUGCUAUUUGCCAUACUGAUGAAUCAGCAAUGAGAUUCUAUGACUUUAUGGCAGAGAUCUUGGCCUUAGGAGAUCCGAGCUUACAAGGUGUGAGAAAUCUUUAACCUUUGCACAUGCCAGCUUGUUUUGUGAGUGUGAAUGCGUGUGAGCUGGUACUGUAUGGACAGCUGACAUCCAAGGACCCAAACAUGAUGUAUAUAAAGGGACUUUAUGUUUGAGUGAAAGUCACUUUCCGACUGAAGCCUCUCACUCACAGAAUGAAUGCCUUUUAUACAGUCUUCCUCUUGGCUGUUGGUCUCUCCGUAGCCCACUCUCUGGACUACAGGGCUCUCCAUCAGUUCAGGGCCAUGAUCCUGUGUAUGUUGCCUGAUAGCUGGCCUGCUCUUGACUAUUCAGACUAUGGUUGUUACUGUGGAUACGGAGGCUCUGGCACACCCAUUGAUGAUCUGGAUAGGUGCUGCCAGGUUCAUGACCAGUGCUACAGUGACGCCAUGCAGCAUCCGGAGUGCUGGCCCAUCCUGGAUAACCCUUAUACCGAGAUUUACUCCUACACCUGUGAUGAGGCUAACAGAAAGCUCACUUGUACAAACCAAAACAAUGAAUGUGAGAUGUUCAUCUGUGAGUGCGACCGCAAAGCCGCAGAAUGUUUCAGCAGGUCAGAGUGGAACCCCGAGCAUGAGCACCUGCCAAGUGACCAGUGUCAGUAGAGUCCUGCACAAACAGCUGCGUCUAGCAAAGAAUCUGUGCCACAACAAUUUACAAACUGCUAUACUACUUCAUCUGGCAUCAUUCUGAAUCACAGUGACCUCACAGGACCAUUUACUAAAGAUAUGAUUCCUGCAUGGCCUUUUAAGCAUCCAUCUUUUCUCCAUCUGGAUGUUUCUGGUUGGACUUGCUGCUAUAUCUCACCCUAAAUGUCAUCAUCAUGUUUACCAUCCACUUGAGUGUGAUGGUAAUUGCAAUUUUUAGUGCAGUUUGCAGUCAGCAGAGGGCACUGUUCCUCAUUUAUCCCAUUAGUGUGUCGGACGACAGAGUAAAGCAUUGACUUGCUCAACAACACUUGUUCUUCUCACUUUAUGUAACAUAUCUAGAAAUAAUAAAUGACUUUUUUCCAGAGGAAAAUAAAUAUUUUCUUUUUCAUUACCUAAAUCCUCAAAAUUUUCACUUUUAAGUGGUCUGUAAAUUAUUGCAAUGACUUUAGUAAUUUUUUGCCAAAACUGAUUUUGGCAACAACAAUACUUUUGGCAAAAAAUGGCUUUAGCCAUUACUUUAGGAAAGUGAAAAAAUGUUAAACCAAUUUUCGUGUAACUAUUCUGGUGCUUUCCAAUUGAUUGCAUCAUGCUGGCAGCAUGACUUAGUUACACAAUGGUUGCAAUAAUAUUAAAUUCCUAUUGCAUAAUUGAAAACAGCUUGGUCUUUAUCUUUGAAAAUGACAACAAACUUUAGAAGUUUAAUUCAUUUUAAUUAUGCUGUCAAUAUUUGAAUAAAAAAACAAGAUGGUUAUAUAACUGCAACUGAAAUGAAGAUUCACAUAGACUUUGGUCACCAUCCAGCCUGUUUGGCAAACAGGCAGAAAUUACCUCAUUCCUGGUUAUGUUCUCAGCCUGGCAAUGCGUCACCUACUUUAACAACCCACUGUUCGCUCGUUGUGAUUGGUUGCUGAGCCUGCAGCCCACUGAAUCACUCUUUAGGCCAUUUUUCAGACAAUGCGUAAAGCUCAGCAGCUGGUAGCUGACGUCUGGCCAUAGUCCAGCUGAGGCUGCUGCUGGCUGAAAGAUAAAAUGAGAGGAGUGACACACUGACUAAAAAUGAUACUAGACUAUUGAAAGUUUCUCAAGUUACGCCCUUUGUAUAUAUUUUGCUGUUAUGGUAACUAAAAUGCCAGUACUGCUGAUAGGUAUCAGUACAACACCCAGACUGAUUUAUGAAGAAUUCAAACCAAUUUUUUUUAACAAAUAUGAAACAUAUUGCAUGUACAUAUUUUAAGUUAUAAAGACUCCAUAAGUUUACAAAAUUUUCUGUAGAUUAUAUCCCAAUUCACAGUGUAUGGGUGUAUGCUGGCAAUGAUCGAUGAUGCUGCAUACAAAUAUACUGCUGGGAUAUCUUUGUAACCAAGCUGUCUUCAUAAUUCUUGCACUUUAUCGAUUU